UUAAAGAUAUACAUUAUAUAUGUGUAGAGAGAGAAAGAGGGGGAGAGGCGAGAAGAGCACGCAUCAUGGGACAAUGACAACAUUGCCGAAUGACCCAAAACAAAUCUUGUCUUGGUACAUAAGAUAAAGAAAAAAUAAAAGCCUUUUCUUCUUAGCAUCUUUAUAAUCAAUUUUGCCUAUCUAAAGGGCCAUUUAAUCGAAGCUCAAUCAUUUAUCCGCGAUAUAAACGCAUAAACGAAUAAUUUCUUGGAAACCCAUCUCUAGUUUUGAUUAAGAAUUUGGGGAAAUUGAGGAAAAAUGAUGACAAUGGAAGGGAUGAUGGAUAGAGGGGUGUUGGAUGAUAUAAUAGGGAGGCUUUUGGAAGGCAAAGGGGGAAAACAAGUGCAGCUUUCGGAGGCGGAGAUCCGGCAGCUUUGCGUCAACGCCCGCCAAAUUUUCCUCUCUCAACCUAUUCUUCUUCAAGUCCGAGCCCCUGUCAGGAUCUGCGGUGACAUACAUGGACAAUAUCAAGACUUAUUGAGGCUUUUUGAAUACGGUGGGUACCCUCCAUCUGCAAACUACCUCUUUCUAGGAGAUUAUGUUGAUAGAGGCAAGCAGAGUUUGGAAACAAUAUGUUUGCUAUUGGCCUACAAGAUAAGGUAUCCGGAACAAAUUUUCCUUUUGAGGGGAAACCAUGAAGAUGCAAAAAUAAAUCGUAUUUAUGGAUUUUAUGAUGAAUGUAAAAGGAGAUUCAAUGUCCGAUUGUGGAAGAUAUUCUCCGACUGCUUUAAUUGUUUGCCUGUUGCUGCACUAAUAGAUGACAAGAUACUUUGCAUGCAUGGAGGACUUUCCCCUGAACUAAAACAAUUGGAACAGAUUAAAGAGAUUGAACGGCCCAUUGAUAUUCCAGAUAAUGGACUCCUAUGUGAUUUGCUCUGGUCUGAUCCUGAUCCGAAUAUACAGGGUUGGUCUGAAAGCGAUAGAGGAGUUUCAUGUACUUUCGGACCAGAUGCAGUUGCUCAAUUUUUAGAGAAAAAUGACUUGGAUCUCAUCUGCCGAGGUCAUCAGGUAGUGGAGGAUGGAUAUGAAUUCUUUGCUAAGCGACGACUUGUAACAAUAUUUUCAGCGCCGAACUAUGGUGGGGAGUUUGAUAAUGCAGGUGCUCUUUUGAGUGUUGAUGAAUCACUAGUGUGUUCUUUUGAGAUAUUAAAGCCUGCUGCAAACACUUCAAAGUUGCCCCUAAAAAAGCCCCCUAAAAUUGGAGGGAAAUGAUAUGAAAAUCGAAGCAAUGGAAAGCAUGGAAAGUGUACAUGAACAUUUGUCAGCUGUGAGUAGGAAGAAUGGAAAACAUGUUUCUUGUUUUUCUCCGUUCAUAGUUUCGAGGUUUAUAUCGAAAGUUGUCUUAGCAAAUUUCUGUGCUUUGAAGCGUGAAGAAUGUGGCCUUGGAUUGCCAAGAAAAAGAUCUGUAAAUUGGAGAUGAACUAAGAUUGCUUCACUUUUUUAACUUAUACGACCUCUAUGUCAAAAAUUUAUACACCCUUUGUUUAAUGUAUUUUGUUAGGUAGAAUUUAACAUUUACAAUUUAUAAUGUGAUCUUUAAUUCCAUUUUUGUACAUCAUUUUCAAUUACAACACAGUUUUUAUUUGGUUA